AUGGCAGAGGACCCUGUGGAGGACCUCCGGCGCUACCUGACACGUGAUGAGGUGAGUGCGAAGCAGCAAUUUACGGCCUCGCUGCAGGGGAAGAGCUCGGAGGAGCUCGUGACCCUUCUUCGGUCCCGGAGGGAGGCGGCUGCCGCGGAAAGGUCCACGGAGGGAGCUGGGAGCUUACUCAGCAGUGAGCAUGGCAGCGGCGUCGUCGUGAAGUCGGAAAGUGAUGUCAAGAACACCCCGCCCGCGGCGAGGAAGCUGCAGGUGGAGGAGGCAACAAGUAGCCCGGUGAGCACCGAAAGACUGGUGGAGAUUAGUAGGGUAGACACAAGCCGUGAGGAGCCGUUAACGCGGCUAGGAGAUAACGAGAGCCAACCGCGUCUUCAAGAGGAGCACGGUGCGGCGUGGAAGGCGGUACGCUCAGGCGCCAUGGUUACGAAGGAGGAACUAGAGGAUGUCCGGCAGGAUAUGCUUCUGCAGGAGCGCGUGUUAAAAGCCUUGGAAAAGGACAACGCAGAGGUUCAUGCGGAGCGGCGGGUUUUGCGUGCGAAACUGGCCGAGAUGGAGCAGAAAGCGGAGAACGUUGAGGCUAAGUACAGUAUUUUGGCGAGCGGUCAAAGUCCGAAUCCACGUGCGGGUCCGCCUGUGAUGUCCGCUGCAGCCGCGUCGACGCAGCGGGGGCAGCAGUGCGGCCAAGACGAGCUGCACAUGGAGUUGGAGCAGCAGAAGACUGUGGUACGGGAACUGCAGUUGGAGUUAGAGCUGCUUCGACGCGAGAAGAAAGAGGUCGAGACCCGCUUAGCAGCCCUUGAUGUCAAGAAAUUCGAGGAGAUGGAGCUGGAGCUUCGCAACCUGCGCGUCGAUUUAAAGCGCAGGGAGACGGAGCACAACGACACAGUGAAGGAUAUGGCGCGCAAGAUUGCGUGGUAUGUGGAGCACCAGGAGUUUAAUCGCUCUCAGGAGGAGCUGCUGAAGGAGCAGCAAGACACCAUCCGCCGCCUGCGUGCGAGGCUGCAUGAGGCAGGGGCCAUGGACGACGCGGGGAAGCACAAGCGUGUGGGGAAGGAUGCACGUGUGAAGUACCUCACCAAGCGUGUGGUGGAGCUUGAGGAGGCGCUUAACCAGAAGCACCCGGACAGUAUUGCGCAGCUUAUUCGCAGCUGUCAACCCGCUGUGCAGGAUUCAAAGCAGUUUAGGCAGCUCAACCAAAGAAUCAAGGAGCUGGAGGAGGCGAUCGUCGAAAAGGACCGCUGCGCUGAGGCGGCAGUCACCCACCUGCGGGUGGAGACGGAUCGUCUACGCAUUCAGUACCAAGAAAAGAUUGAGAGGCUCGAGGAGGAGCUUAAGAUGCGGCUCAUGCAUGCACAAACGCGCCGCGUUCGCGAUCUAGAAAGGCAACUGGCGGAGUUGAGACAGGCGUUGCGUGAGAGAGACCAGGAAGGAAAGUCAUCCGUUUUGACAGUUCUGGAGAGGCCGGCUGCUGCAGUCUUGGCUGGGCCAGAAGAGCCCAAAGCACACACUGCGGCGACACAGACGGCCGCUGCUAACCACGUAGACGAGGCCAUUUCACUGCUCCGCAAAGAGAAUGACGCUCUGAAAAAUCAAUUGUCGCAAGCCACGCAGGCGGAGUCGCGGACGCCUGUUGCCGUCGCGGGGCCUCUUGGCACUGAGGUAGGCGCCUUCUCAUCUCAUGCUAUGUCAAGCAUGCAGGCCCAGCUUAGCACCCUUGCCGCCGAGUUGGCGGUGUACAAGCGGUUGCUGAUGGAGAGUCAAGAGUUGCUUCGCGACGCACAUGCGCGGUGGGAAGAGCGCCUGCUAGCCGCAAGGCAGGAGCACCAGUGCCAGCUCCAGCACGCACGACAGGAGCACAACGACGACCUCAGGCGGCUUCAAGAGAACCACCAACGGGAGAUGAAGGCCAUAGCCGAGCAACAGCAAGCCUUGGAAACGGCCUCGUGGGCCUGUCAAAAGGCCCCCCAAAUUACUUUUGCAGAUCCGCGCCAUGGUCGCGCUUUCCUCCAAAGCGUUGCGGAGCGAUUGACCUACCUUGAACGCCGUCAGGUGCAGAAGGAGCGGGAGGCCGCCCACGAGAUUUCGGAGGUCAAGCGUGUGGCUGACUUUGAACUUGCCUUGGCGAAGCAGCGCACUGAAAUGCUGCUUGAGCAAAAGAACUGCCAGAUCCAGGAAUUCAGGCUGCAGCUGGACCAGCUGCUCGCAACGCUUGCGCUUCUGCAAUCUCAUGCAUAG